AUGCGUGUCGCCGCGCUCGCCGCCUUCCUCUCGACGGCCCUUGCCAGUGUCCCCGCCGGCCUGGCCCUCUCCCGGCCCGACGCCCGCCUCGCCGUCCGAGGGGAGGAGCGCCAGAACGCCAAGUUCCCAAAGGAGAUGGAUCUUAUGGAGGAGCUCAUGAGGCGGGCCGCGACGUACUGCCCCGGCGCGUACGGCGGCGACAAGAACGAGUGCUACUGGAAGCUGCGCGGGGCGUGGCCGGGGUACCCGGACGAUUAUGCCUCCUCCACUCCGCGGACGGGUAGACCGCCCUCCGCCUCAAGGUCUCUUGGAGGAGGGGUCCUGGGCAGAGGCGGCAAUCGGGUAGAAUGA